AAAGGCGUAACAUUUAAAAGUUAUAAAAACUUUGAUGAAAGUGACUUUCAAGAAAGUCUGUCAAUAGCUCCCUGGCAUGUGGGUGAAAUCUUCGACUAUAUAGUGACGAAGCCUAUUAUUGGAGUACGCUAUUGCAAAAUGUGGUUGAUGAGCACCUUCCCUUAAAAAAGAUGAGAGUACGUGAUAAAGAUGUGCCGUAUAUGACCACAGGCUGGAAGCAGGCGAUACGUGCUAAGCGAAGGGCCACAGUGAAAUAUUAAAAUAGUCCUACCAAAGAAAACUGGGGAAAUAAAAGGAGAUGCAGAAAUGAGGCAACUAGACAGAGACGUUUGGCGAUCAAAGAGCAUUGGAGAAAGAAAACAGAAGAUCUAAAGGAAAACCCAAUGGAUUUCUUCAAAACAUUCAAACCAUUUUUAUCAACAAAGCGUCAUAAGAGUGAUACUGAAAUUCAUCUGAGAGUCGAUGACGUUAUGGAAAAAGAUCGAAACAGGGUUUCAGAAUUGUUUGCUGAUUACUUUGCUACAAUAGCAGACGGCAUUGGGGGUGAUCAAAGUAAGCUAGACAAAAUGGAGAACUUUAAAAAUCACGCAAGUGUGUCAGUGAUUGCUAAUAACAUUUUUAAAAAACACAACAACAUGACUUUGAACCACUCAAUAGCGUCCAAGUACAACRUACACUGAAAAAGCUUAAUGUAAGAAAAGCUAUGGGGUUUGAUGGCAUUCCACCUAAAAUUAUGAAAUUGGAGCUACCCAACUUUCUACCUCUCUCUCAACCCUCUUCAAUUCAUGUAUUAACAAUCGGAUUUGGCCCAGACAAUGGAAACGAGGAGAAUGGAUUCCAACUCUUAAAAGAGGUGACGCUCAAGCGAUUACUAAUUACAGACCAAUAACAGUGUUGCCUUGCGCUGAUAAAGUUUUUGAACAACUUCUGGGGAAACAAAUAACCAAUAUAUUUGACUGGCAGCUUGCUGACUGUCAAUCUGCAUAUAGAAAACAUCGUAGUUGUGAAACCACCCUUCUUGGUCUCGUCGAAGACUGGAAAAAGGCGAAAGAUGAGGGUCUAUCUGUUGGUAUUUUAUCAGUCGACAGAUAUGUCCAAGGCAUUUGACUCAGUUCAAUCACCUUUACUGUUAAGUAAGCUGAAGUCUUAUGGUUUCAACGACAAUGUCAUCAAAAUGUUGAACAGUUACCUGAGUGACCGCUACAACAGAGUCAGGAUGGGAUCUACUGUAACUAGUGAUUGGAAGAGAGUCGUUCGUGGCUGUCCUCAAGGUUCCUCGUUGGGCCCGCUGAUAUGGAAUAUCUUUCAGAACGACCUCGUGUAUAAUAUUGAUGCUAAUAUUUCUAUGUAUGCCGAUGACCAUCAAAUAUGCCAGAAAGGUAAAGGAAUCGACUCAGUGCAUACCAUGCUAGAGAAAAGUGCCUCUAGUGCAACUGAGUGGGCUAGYGAUACUCGCAGGCUGGAGAGAAUCCAGGAAAGAGGAUUAAGGGCCGUUUAUAGGGACACAAAGUCCAGCUAUAAUCAGUUAUUGAAUAGGGCUAAUCUGCCUACACUGUUAAAUAGACGUCUUCAAGACAUUUGUAUUCUGAUGUAUAAAGUUCAACACACCAAGAUGUGUUCCGAAGCUAUUACUAACAUGUUUAAACCUCGUGAUUCUUGUUACAGAAACUCAGAUUUUCUUAUACCUAGAUUUAACACAGUCACGUUUGGUAAGCAUUCCCUUAGAUAUCUAGGUCCCAUACUGUGGAGAAAAUUAGACAAAAAAGACAGAUUAAGCAAAUCUUUAGGUGAUUUUAAAAAUGGCAUCCGUAAAAAAAACCUGACAUCUUUAAUUGACAACGGAUGUAGAGGGUGUUUUUUGUGUAACAGUUGAAAGGCUGAUUAGGAUUUUUAUUACAUUAUUAUCGAAAGAUUAGAAUAUUUAUAUAUUUUAUAUUUUAUAUUUAUGAAAUAAUUUUUUAGUACUUUAUUGAAUUAAUUUUUAGUCUUAAUUAAUAU